AUGGGGGCCAGGAUUCUCCUGCCAAUUGUGGGGACGCUGACUGCCUACAUUGUCUUCCAUGCGCUGCAGAUAUUGCUUUCAAAUUUAACCUCACCUUUACGUGGGAUCCUCCCUAGUCCGCCCAUUCCCAAUUAUCUCUUGGGCAAUUUUCGGCAGAUGGCGGAAGACCCCAAACUUUCGAGUGAAUGGCGCAAAGACUACGGGAACAACUUUCUCUUCCAUGGCUUAUUUAGCAUUGGGGAGCUGCAUACUUCUGACCUCAAAGCUGUCAGCCACAUUGUCUCGCACGCCGAUAUCUAUCAACGACCUGGAGCAAAUCGCGACGCUUCCCGUCGCAUGAUGGGUGAAGGCAUUCUGUUUGCAGAGCUGGACCAGCAUAAGCGUCAACGUCGCGUCCUGAAUCCUGCGUUUGGUGUCCCUCAAAUUCGCGCUGUGACCGAAAUAUUUGCAGAGAAGGCUAUCCAGUUGCGCGAUAUAUGGACAGAGCAAAUUCGUCAACAGGGUGGCAACAACCAAGUGGAAGUGUUUUCAGGGCUGCGGAAGAUGACACUGGAUGUGAUCGGUCGCGCUGGUUUUGGCUAUGAAUUUAAUGCAUUAGAGCAAGAAGGCGGCACGAACGAGCUCAAUCAAGCGUUCACGGAUCUCUUCCACUCGCCAAAGUCAAAUCUCUUCCAAGCUAUCCGACUCGCUCAAGGGCACAUCCCUAUUCUCAAACUACUGCCUCUUCCCGGACGCCAGGUCGUGUUAUCGGCACGCCAAAAGAUGGACGAGAUUGGCAGUCAAAUUGUCCAACGCAGCAAGGCGAAUAUUAUUGCCGAAGACCAGGUGAAGUCGCUUGGGACACGAAGGGACUUGCUGUCUAUCUUGCUCAAAGCGAACAUGUCCCCAGGGCUGCCGGAGAGUCAGAGGAUGAACGAAAGCGAAAUCAUUUCCCAAAUCCCCGCUUUCUUUGUUGCUGGCCAUGAGACUACCAGUGCUGCGACCGCCUGGGCCCUACAUGCAUUAUCGAUGAAUAAACCGAUUCAAGACAAACUCCGCGAGGAAUUGCUCCAACUUGAGACGGACAACCCGACAUUGGACGAGCUCGGCGCGCUACCUUAUCUCGACAAAUUUCUGCGCGAGACACUCCGUCUUCAUGCCCCUGUUGUGUUCAUGCAACGCAAGGCCAUGGCAGACGACGUGUUGCCAUUAGCCAAGCCCAUAAUCGAUAGCAAGGGGAGAGAACAUACGAGUUUGCCGAUACGUAAAGGCCAGAUGAUUCAUCUUCCGAUUUGGGCAAUCAACACAGCGAAGGAGACGUGGGGCGAAGAUGCACUUGAGUUUCGUCCAGACCGAUGGGAUAAUAUCCCGGAGGCCGUCAGCGGUGUCCCUGGUGUAUGGGGCAAUUUGUUCACCUUCUUAGCUGGCCCCCACAACUGCAUCGGUUUCCGGUUUUCAAUUGCCGAGCUCAAGGUCCUACUCUUCACCCUCGUGCGCGCGUUCGAAAUUAGUCCCGCAGUGCCAGAUGGGGGCAUUGUUACUGUGACUGCGGGAGUGAUGCAACGCCCUUCAGUUUUAGCGGAGAAGGAGAAGGGCUCUGGGCUACCAUUGAUUCUGACGCCUUUGCAAAACGUUGAAUGA